AUGGUGGAAUUAGCAGAAGGCACUCUGCCAUGGACGCGGUUACGAGACGCUGAAGAUAUUGCGAGAAGGAAGCGGAAUAUCUCAUUUGAAGAGUUAUGCCCGUCCGUUAAGUUCAGCGGUAUGUCAACGGAAUUGCAGGAGUACUACACAUACUGCUAUGACAGUGUGGAAGAUCCGAAUCAGCCCAAUUACGAUUAUCUCAAAGAUAUCAUUAAGAAAUCUUUACCACCCAACUUUGACUUCAAUACGCCGAUGCCUUGGGAACUCAAACCACAAGAGAAUACGAACACCGCAACACAGGAAACGAUCCCGUCCAACGAGCAACACAUGACUUAG